AUGUUGCCUGCUUUAGGGAAGAAAGCUGUUUUAGAAUGGUGUAUGAAAGAGGGGUUGAUUCCAUCAUCGUAUGCAUGUCCGAAAUGUGGGAAAAGCAUGAAAUUGAGAGAAAGAAAGGGUCAAAAGGCAAUAAAUGAUAGUUAUGAAUGGCUUUGUAGGAAUCAGUCUAGUGUGAAAGAGGAAAGGCACGAUGUGUGUAGGAGUGUAUGGAAAGGGUCUUGGUUUGGUUUGAAUAAUUUGGAUAUGUGCACAGUUUUAUUAGUGAUACGAAAGUGGUUUGGAAGGUGCCCUCAGAAAUAUGCAACUGAAAACCUGAAUGUUUCUAAACACACGGUUGUCGACUGGUAUAAUUUCUGUAGAGAAAUAUGUAUUCAUGUUAUGGUGAGAGAUAGUUGCAAGAUUGGAGGGGUGGGAAAGAUUGUUGAGAUUGAUGAAAGUAAUUUUGGGAAAAUGAAGUAUGGAAGAGGUAGGCCCUUUAAAGGAAGAUGGGUGUUUAGAGGAAUUGAAAGAGAUACCCACAGAUGUUUUUCUAAAGUGGUUCUUAAUCGAACGAGUGCCUGCUUGCUUCAUGUAAUUAGUGAAUGA